GUGUUUCUAAAUCUGUAGUUGGCCUUGCAAAGUCAUUUCACAUGCUUUCCCGAAAUGUCCCGUCAGUAUACUUCCAUCAUUCGAUAAUAUAACAACGCAUUUGAACUUUGAUAAAAACUAAAAUGGGUAUUCCAACUUUAAAGAAGUGCUGCUGUUUGGAGCUAAAAUGGGGAGCGCUUAUUGUCGCUAUAGUGGACGUGCUCCUGCUAGGUGGAGUAUGUGGCGAUCUUAGAGGUUUAGGAGGGGUAGUAUGGUAUGUAACCGUUCUCGUUCACCUGGCUCAUAUCAUCGCCUGCAUUUUGGUAAUGGUUUCUAUUUGCGUGCCAAAUAAAAAGUUGGUUAUAGUGUACUUAAUAACCGGCAUUAUCCGAAUAAUUUUUGACAUAAUUCUCCUUAUAUACCUCGCUAUAGAAGGCUAUGUCGUAUUGAGCAUAGUUAUCAUCUUAAUUGGAGUCCUUCUUGGGAUAUUCUUUUGGUGGGUCAUUUUCUCGUGGUACAAGAUGCUCGGUGGUGGAGAAUAAUACUCCUGGACACGUUCAUACGAAAAAAUUUCGAAAUCAAUCCGUCCGUCAUUGAAAUUCAUUUAAUAACACAAUUACGUUGACAACCAGUCAGAUAUUAACAACAAUUCGAAAACAAAAACCAA